AUGACCAAAGUACAGAAGUCAGACCCAGGCCUGCCUUCCAGGUCUGACAGCUUCUUGAGAAUGUUGGACUUGGAGAAAAGGUACAAGAUGCAACGUAUCCAAGGUCAUACCCCCGCGACGAUCGCAUCGCCAAGUACAAGUUCACCCUCCGCCCAGCCAGAUAAACCGUUUAAGGCUCGGCGUGCAAGCGGACAUCCUCCGCUUUCGCACCAAAUCCAGAUAAUGAAAGCCGUGAGGCGGAGCUCUGCUCUUCCAUCACUUUCAAUAUCUAUACCUUCUUCAGCCGAGGACCCUGCCGUGGCGACGAAUGGACCUCCCGGAGACCUACAACCGAAAAAGGAGGAGCGCACUAAAACGGUGACAUUCUCGGGUCCCGAGGAAGAGGACGGCGGCGAUUCUUCAGACCAGUCUUCCAUAUGCCAAUCACCUAGCUGGGAGCAGUACGGACGGAAGAAGAAGAAGAAGAAGCCUAAGAAGCAGGACGCGGACGCGGGCAAAAAAAGUGAGGAAAAAUCCGCGAACACUCUGAAGAAAAAGGGGAACAAGCUGAGCAAGGUUCCACCGCCAAAUGCUCAAGGGGUUGAGUCUUUGAUGACGGCGGACCGCUCACAAUCAGCCCCUGAGCUAGACAUCUUUCUUAAAUCUAACGCUGCUAAACUAGAUACUCCCAUUCCAACGCCACCAACCGAGAUGGCCAACCAGAAACUUGACAGCAAGCCGAAGAGCAAAGGCUUCUUAUCUGGGUUCCUAUUACAACAUGGGAAUGUGGCGGCCGUCCAGAAAAUCCUUGAUAGCCAGCGAACGAGCAGCGAUGAAAACCAUUCCGGAGGGUCACCUAUGUUGAAACCUCAAACUACCGCCCCAGUAGACUCUAACUUCAUAAGUCCUCGAAAGCCUCCUUCAAUCGGGUCGGCCGUCUCGAAUUCAACUCGCUCCAUUUCUUCUCUGGAUCAACUGCCGUCAAGCGCUCGAAAUUCAUCCGGCUCAAGCCAUGGUCGUUCACAAUCAUUACUGUCGUCCACCUUAAAUAAGCUAAAAGGGCCGUCCUAUCUCUACUAUCGCCCUCCCGAAAUGUCCAACGGCAUCAAAUUCCAGCGUCCGAGCAGCUCUCGCGAACCAGAUACCACUACCAGCUGGUUGGACGACCAACCUUCAAAACGACCCGUGGUACAACAGCCAGAACGUCCUAAAGAGCGGCCAUCGAAAUCGAUAGAGUCUACCCAAAAACUUCCCGAGUUUUCAUUUCCGCCGAAACCCAAACAUGCUGCCACUCAACCUACAGUAGAAGUCGUCGCUCGUAAUACUCGACCUCAAGCUCGUAUAGAAGAUCCGGGAGACGCUGGUAACGGAAACGAGGCACUAGAACCUAACUCAUACCGCGGUCGUCGUAUUCAGAUGCCACAGGAUCGCGUGCCGACUCGAGAAGGAGCUAUGGAGAGGGAGAGGCGAUCUCGACCCGAGCGUGCGCCUCGGGCUCCAAGGCAGCCGGUCGAAUAUGUAGAGAAUGAUGAAGAUAUUCCUCAACGAGCUGAGCAGCUUCGCCGAAGACUCGAGUCAAAGUACCACGUCAAGCAACAGAUGAAUGGAUAUAUGCAGCCGCAAGUAGAAACUUGGGUGGAGUCUGAGCACAGUCCGGGGCUAGGGCCUUCUGGUCAGCAAGAACCCACAGAUAUCGACAAUGAAAAGCUCGGUCACGCAGAGUUUAGCUUCAGUAGGGAUGAAGAAGAUGAUAGGGGAUCUAUCGGCACUCAUGCAUCAACGAUUCGACCAGUUUCUCGAAGACAAGGACGUAGUUCCCCUACGACGGACGGAAGGAAGCACGUUACUUUUCCACCCAAUCCGAACACGAUCGGGAGAGCUGUCACGUCUGGUUCGGCCGACGAAGAAGUGCAAGUACUUGUCACGGAGCCGCCAAAGCCAAAGAAGCCGACCGAAUUAGAGGAGGUCAUACCCGAAGGAAAACCGUCAAGGCUAGACAGAUCCGCUGAUUACCUCUCUUUCGUUAAUCAGUCGUAUGCUCCUCCCUCUUUAGAGCUACGGUCGCCAAACGAGGGCAAAUUCCCAUCGCCGCGAAUCGACGAAGAACCCGAAGAAGAGGACGACUUAGAUCGUAUAUUACAGCAUAUUCCGGUUAGAAAAGUCAACGAAUUUGCCUCGUCGUCCGAAUACCCAAGUCAAACUGCUAUGCCAAGUUCGAAUGCCACUAGUAGGAUUAUAAGACAAAAGCCAGCCAAGAACUCUCCUUCUCUUUCUUCUCAUUAUUCCGAUAGCGACGUACCGGCGCUCGAACGACUAGGCAUAUCGCCGAAAGCCGCAAGGAUUCUCGCCGGGGUAGAAACAUCCAGCACAUCGACUUCUCAAUCAAGUACGGAUCCCAGUAGGACCAACUCGGAGAGGUCGUCAUCUUCCACAUGCGACGAUACUCCUCCGUCGCCGGUCAUGGUACCGACACCCGACAGUUCCCGACUACGACCGCAAAAAGAACUUUCGGUCCCCCGGAUGGACGUUCAGGACAGGGCUCCGCGAAGGGCCUACCGACCCCCAGCUGUGGAGUUGCCUUCAAAAAACACUUCGCGGUCUAGCAGUAGAGAUGUGGUCGGCCAGGAUGACAGCUGGAGCCGAACAGCAUUGCCAAUAGAUCUUGAAAAUAAUUCCGCUGCCGCAUCCAAGUUGAACGGUCUGACAUCUAGCCCACAACUAGUGCCAAGCCCUACCUCAGCCUCUUUUACAGAGGACAUCAAGGAAACUCUAGACGAGGACGAACUGAUGAAUAGGAACCCGCACCAACAUUCCUUACCGCCUAGGGCUCAAUCUGCUCUUGAUGUCCAUUCAAGGAAUUUCUUGCCGGAUUUAAGGCAUCAGUCCCUACAGCAGAAGAAAGUGAAAGAUGUUACAAUAUCAGCUAGCCUCCCUAACACGCCGCCACCAGAAAUAGUUGACAAGGCACCUCGAAAAUCUGCGCUGAGAACGUCUCGCAAAAACAGUGCCAACAGUGAUGAAUCUUCCACCGUAGUCUCCCCUGGUGCCGCUUAUCUCCAAGAGGCCCGAAAGGCCGCGCCGAUUCCGCCCGCCUCUACUUCUAGGGCGUUGCGACCGCACAACGCGCAUAAAAACUCGUCCACUAGUAUCAAGAGCGCCGGGACUUCGGAUGGCCGAUCGGAACCCCUCGCUAAAAUGUUGGUUGAAUGCUGUAGUUGCAAGUUCUUUCACGAUAUGCCGUCGAGGGUGUACGAAUGCAUGGCUAAGCCCGACUCGCUUGUCGAGGACAAAUUGCUUGGUGUUUCGGCUACCAUCACCACGAUGGUCAAGUGCCCGUGGUGCGGGCAUGGCAUGAGUACCCAGUGCUGUUCCGGCUACGCUGCAGUGGUCUACCUCAAGGAAAAGCUUCACGGAAAAUAA